ACUACAUUUGAUAAAUUUGUUUUCGAAUGUUUUGAUGUGCCCAAAGCCACGUGCUUUUCAUAAAAGCUUGGUUUUGAGAUUUGAUGUUCAUUUCUAAAAGCUGAAACUGUAAUAAUGGAAUUUUUGGAAGAAGCUAGUCCGUAUAAAGACAAAGAAUUUUGUUAUUUAGAUGUGUUUUUAGAAUUUGAUAGAAAUUAUGAAAAUGAAAUAGAUGAAAAUCAUUUCAAAUGUAUUGUGGUUCAGGCUUUACAACAGAUGUUUGGCAUAGUAGGAUCAGCUAUAGACAUUGAUGUCUUAAAGUAUAGAGAAGAGGAUAGAAGAGCAUUUCUUCGAUGCCCUGGAAAGAAAGUUGAAAAAGUCCGUAUUGCACUAACUAUAUUUUCAUCAUAUGAAAAUGUUAAUUGUUGUUUCAGGAUAAAUAAGGUGACUCCAGAUUUAACAUCUUUAAGUAAAAAUACUUAAAUUUAACUUUUUUGUAUCAUCAUCAUUUAAAAUAAAUACUAUAAUUGUACAAUGUUAUUAAAUAAAAUAUAUAUAUUAAGAAUAAGUGUGUUCAUUUGGCAGGAUUAGAUGUGUCCUCA